AUCGACAACAUAAUUAUGACGUGACUUUCCAGUCGAUUUCCCAGAACCUCUAAGCUGUUAUGAUUUCCAUUCGUUCGUCGAACUGACUUGUGCGAUUAUUUCACUCUUUUUCGUGUGAGGAAGGAGAUCUACCAAAGAUGGCUAAAGCUUCAACAUUGGCCGAAAAUUUAGAGAAGGAGUUGGAAUGCGCUGUGUGCCUGGAGCAGUUCAAAGAUCCCAAAGUUCUUCCAUGCCUUCAUUCCUUCUGCAAAAUAUGUCUGGAGGGGCUGGUCUGUAGAGAAAGAAAAACUUGGAAGUUGAACUGCCCUUCUUGUCGGAUUAUUGUGGAGAUUCCAGAUGGUGAAGUUGAUUCUCUGCCAAUUAAUUUCUUCUUGAACAAUUUAUUAUCUAUGGUUUCCCUUCAUGGAGAUUCAGGGAGUAGUAAAUUGGAGUGUGAUAACUGUGAGAGUGGCGAUCCGCCUGUGAACAGAUGCAAUACAUGCUGCCAUUUCCUCUGUGAAUUUUGCACACAAGCUCAUCGGAGAGGGCGUGGCACAAGCUCACAUGGUGUGGUGUCGAUUGAAGAAGCUAAAAAGAUGGGACCUGUGGCUGUAACCAAACCCAGUCUUUGUAAUGAACAUGAUGGAGAGUUGUUAAAGCUGUUUUGUGAGACAUGUGAGGAGGCUAUCUGUAGAGACUGUACCAUUGUGAAGCAUCGAGAGCACCAUUAUACUUUUGUAAAAGAUGCUUUUGCAAAGAAUAAGAAAAUCAUGGUGGAGAUUCUUUCAAAGACAAAGGGACAAGCAGGGUCACUGAAGAAAGCAAUAGAUGGUGUCUCAGAGAUGAGAAGAAGUGUUGAUUUAAAUGCAGAUCAAACUGUUCAAGAAGUGCUUAACUGUUUUCUGAAAUUAUCAGCUCGUCUGAAUGAUCGCUGUGAGGAAUUGAUUCAUGAUGUUGAAGAAAUAAAAAAAGUGAAACAGAAGUCUUUGGAAAUUCAACAAGAAGAACUGGAAGCAGCCUUAGGAAGUGUGCAAAGUAGUGUAGAAUUCACAGAGAAGGCUUUGGAAAAUGGAAGUGAAGUUGAGAUUUUGAACAUGCGCAAGCAAAUGUCACGCCGAUUAGAAGAACUAAAUUCGUUAAAGUGGCAGCUGGAACCACGGGUGCAUGAUAUAUUUAAGUUUCUUGCUGAGGAUCAAUUGCUGGAGAAGAUCACUAACUUUGGUCAUGUUGCUAGUCAUAUAAGGGCAUAUGCCAGUAUGUCAACCGUAACUUUGGGACAUGGGAUAGAGGGUUUGAUGUACAAUACAAUCAGUGGGCAGCCUGUUGAAUUCAUAGUAACUGCUAAAGAGUGGGAUGGAAGGAAACGAGAAGAAGGUACUGAUGCUUGUGAAGUAGAAAUUCGCUCCCAAUCUGGUGAAACUGCAUUUAGUGACUAUGCUAAAGAUAUUGGCAAUGGAACAUACAGCUUUUGUUUUACUCCAAACGAAUUACAACCAAAUGAGUACCAAAUGUCAGUGAAACUGAAUGCUUCUCAUGUGAAAGAUAGUCCUUGUACAUGGAUUACUGAAAAUUGGAAACUUUGCACAGCAAAUGGCAAUUACCCGUAUCAAUAUAAUUAUUCCAUUACCCUGGACAGUAACUCUUUGAGGGCAACCUAUGGGACAUAUAACCAUUAUUUGGACACAGGUUUUUUUUCAGGCACUCAUCUUCAACGGACUGUUAUUGUGCCUCCAAGUGACUAUGGCGUUACCUCAACUUCUACACCAGUACCUCUCACAGUCUUUGGGACAUCUCAAUUUCAGUUUGGUAGGCAUUCAUGGAAAGUACAAAUAUGUGGUGAUAACUUUGAAAAUUUUUGUUUUGGUGUUGGCGUUAGUCCUGCUGCACAGCAACCUUGUCAAAACAAGUGGACAUGGACAUCAGGAAACAAAUGGGAGCCUUUAAAUCAGCUUCAGAAAAGUACAAUGACAGCUUGUAGGAGUGGAAACGUAAUUGAAUUUUACCUGGACUGUGAUAAUGGAACACUUAAAAUGUAUAAUCAGGGUACCAAAGAGUUUGACACUUGGUAUGGUGUCAAUGGUAUAGUGCGUCCCAUGUUUCAAAUGGGUAGUUGUAAUCAACGGGUGUCCUUAGUUUUUUAGGAAAACAAGAAAAUCUAUGUUCUCUGUCAGUGGUAUGAAGCAUCUCAUGUUUGAAAUGGAUAUUGGUAAUCAACAAGUUCCUCAAUUCUUUGAGAAAACAAGAAUGAGUUAAGGAGAAAAAUGAUGUCCUCCUUCUUACUUGUUAAUCUACACUUUUAAAUGAUGCAAAAAUGUUGAAUUUAUGCUUUAAAUUUUUAAAUUGUGAAAGCCAACAUCUUUCUCUAUUUCUUUACUAAGCUCAAAACGUACCAUCUCUCUUUUCUAAUAACUUGCAUAAUGUACAUUAGCCAAAAAUACUAUCAGAGUUGAGAGAGAAAUGGUUAAAAACGUGGACACACUGUACACUUUCUCCACAUUGACAACCUGGGCCUGGUCAUUCACAGCACAAUUAACAUAAACCAGGGUUAGUGUAAAUUUUUAAUUCAUUUUAAUGGCCUUGCAAAGGGAUCGUUUUUUUGCUGUUAGUUUUAAGUCAUGUUGAGAUAAAACCCAAUAAAGCCUUAACUCUUAAACAUGCUCUUCUCCCCUAGAAAUUAGAGCCAAGGUUAACUUUUAAUCCUAGAUUAGCUUUAACCACUUUUCAAACAACUAACUCCUUCCCUGGUUAAAAUUUGAUCCAUGACAAAUCCAAUUCUUGUUACAACACAAAAGUAAUUGAUUAUGCUACUGUACUCCUCCAUGAAAUAAAAGAGGAAACAAUUUUUUAUUUCCUUGUUUUUUGGUAAAAAAAAAUUAUAAAUAUUAAAUUUAGAUGGAUUUUAGUUUUAAGGGUGUUGUAUAACUGGUACUCUAAGCUGAAAUGCUUUUAAAGUAACUUUUUUGAGUAGCAACCAAAAAUAAUAAAGUGGUCACCAGAGAUAAAAUGUUGGUUGCCAGAAAAUAAAGUAAAGAAGACACUUUGAUCAUUUAAUGAUGUACUGAACCAAUAACAGCAAAGCAUGUGUUUAGAAAGAGCAGUGUGGCUGACAUUUGGUUUUCUUGGAUAACCAAAAGAGGCAAAUGUUUAUAGAAGAUGAUGACAUAGCUUAUGACAUAAGUUUAUUUCAAAAAUUUGUAAAAACAUAACAACCUGCUAUACAAUUAUGACAUCUGAUGAUUUUCUGCGAAUAUCUCAGAUGAAAGGUGAAAAAAUUCGGAAGACAAUUCAGAAAUAGAGGUUGAAUUCAUACUGGUGCAGGAUAUUGAGUUAUGCAAUUAUAAGGUUUGGUAGUGUGAUGUCUUAGUUGCUAUGCAUUUUUAGGGAAGAGUUAUUGCUUAAAUUUAGAAAUGAGUGUAAUGUAAAAUAAACAAAAACAAAGAGCACACUUA